AAUAGUUCGUGGAAUACAUCUUGAUGUAUUGAAUCGUAUUGGAAAAACAAGCUACUUCUUCGCAUUACGCGUCAUGCGAGAGCAUUCAAACAGGACUCAGUGUACUGCUUUUUCUGUUGCAUUAGUAAUAACAGCAGCAUUGACUGAAGACAGCAGGAGCGCAAGACAACGCGUGUAUCUCCGAGCGCAGCGCCAGCGGAGGAAUAUUCGAGCUUUUAUUUACUCUACGGCUUGUUGUUCAUUUUUCUGCUUUAUGGUUAACUUGUGCAGUCACGUGUGAAUAUUUCGUGAAGCUGAAAGCACACCGAUUUCUUUUCACCUGGUGGUUCAUGUUUUCCUAGAGGAAAUAAACUUGAUCACUGGGACGGUUCUCUGGACCCCCCCCCCCCCCACCCCCGCCUGAGACUGCAGACGGACAAUAGGUCUUCACCCUCAGGGAUGAAAUAUGCAGUGGCUGUGAGCAGAGCACCAACAUUCUGAAGUCAAAAGUGUCUGGAGUGAUGACACAGAUAGAAGCCCCUCUCCUUCUCCCCCCGUGUGACACCCCAGUCGGCGCAUCGCCACAGCAAACAACACCAACAGCUCUCCUUACUCCUGUCUGUGUGACGCGGCUCUUCUUCAGGUUUUAAGUCAUGAUGCAGGAGUCGGCCACAGAGACAAUAAACAACAGUUCAAUGAGUCAGAAUGGAAUGAGCAGCCUAAGCAGCCAAUUAGAUGCUGGCAGUAGAGAUGGAAGAUCAAGCGGUGACACGAGCAGCGAAGUAAGCACAGUCGAGCUGCUACGUCUGCAACAACAGCAGGCCCUACAAGCAGCGAGGCAAUUACUCUUACAACAGCCAGGCAGUGGCCUGAAAUCUCCAAAGAACAACGACAAACAGCGUCCAUUGCAGGUGCCCGUGUCGGUGGCCAUGAUGAGCCCCCAGGUGAUCACCCCCCAACAGAUGCAGCAGAUCCUCCAGCAGCAGGUCCUGUCCCCACAGCAGCUCCAGGCUCUGCUCCAACAGCAGCAGGCCGUCAUGCUGCAGCAGUACUGUGCCAGGCCAUUUAAAGUCCAAAUGGAGAAGACAUGGAGGGAGAGCGAGAAUACACAACAUCUGCAGGAGUUUUAUAAGAAACAGCAGGAACAGCUACACCUACAGCUUUUACAACAACAGCACCCUGGAAAGCAAGCGAAAGAGCAACAGCAGCAGCAACAGCAGCAGCAGCAGCACCAGCAGCAGCUUGCCGCCCAGCAGCUCGUCUUCCAGCAGCAGCUCCUUCAGAUGCAGCAGCUCCAGCAGCAGCAGCACCUCCUCAACAUGCAGCGUCAGGGCCUGCUCUCCCUGCCCCCUGCCCCAGGACAGGCAGCCCUCCCUGGGCAGACCAUGCCCCCAGCAGGACUGAGCCCGGCCGAGCUCCAGCAGCUGUGGAAAGACGUGACCGGCGGAGGCGGUCACACCAUGGAGGACAACGGCGUCAAACACGGUGGGGGAGGGGGCCUGGACCUGACCACCACCAACUCCUCCUCGACUACCUCCUCGACCACAUCCAAAGCAUCGCCUCCCAUCUCCCACCACUCCAUCGCCAACGGCCAGUCUCCCGUUCUCAACCCCAGGAGAGAGAGGGAGCGAGAGAGGGAGCGAGAGAGGGAGCGAGAGAGGGAGAGCUCCUUACACGAGGAGAGCGGAGCGUCCCACUCCCUGUACGGUCACGGCGUGUGCAAGUGGCCCGGCUGCGAGAGCGUCUGCGAGGACUUCGGGCAGUUUUUGAAGCACCUAAACAAUGAGCACGCUCUAGAUGACCGGAGCACGGCCCAGUGUCGGGUCCAGAUGCAGGUUGUACAACAGCUCGAGAUCCAGCUUUCUAAAGAACGUGAGCGUCUUCAGGCGAUGAUGGCCCACUUGCACAUGAGGCCCUCGGAGCCCAAACCAUCUCCCAAACCUCUGAACUUGGUGUCGAGCGUCACCAUGUCCAAGAACCUGCCCUCGGUGUCCCCUCCGAACUUACCUCAGACCCCCACCACGCCCAGCGCCCCCGUCACGCCCAUGUCCCAGGUGCCCCAGGUGCCCUCCCUGCUCAGCGCCGCCAACGUGCCCAGCAUGGGCGCUAUGCGCCGACGUCACUCAGACAAGUACUCCAUGCAGCUGUCUUCAGGUGGUGACACAGUAUUUAUUUUUCCAGAGAUCGCCCCAAACUAUGAGUUUUAUAAGAACGCCGAUGUCAGACCCCCAUUUACUUAUGCAACUCUCAUAAGACAGGCUAUCAUGGAGGCCAGCGACAUGCAGUUAACGCUUAAUGAAAUCUACAGCUGGUUCACGCGCACGUUCGCCUACUUCCGACGCAACGCAGCUACUUGGAAGAAUGCUGUCCGCCAUAACCUCAGCCUGCACAAGUGCUUUGUGCGUGUGGAGAACGUGAAGGGGGCCGUGUGGACGGUGGACGAGAUGGAGUACCAGAAGCGCCGAUCCCAGAAGAUAACAGGGUGUAGAAGCCCAACGCUCGUGAAGAACCUUCCCUCCAGCCUGGGCUACGGAGCAGCUUUAAACGCCAGCUUACAGGCAGCGCUAGCUGAGACUUCCCUUCCUCUUUUGGGGAACCCUGGUCUGAUGAACAGCAGUUCUUCUGGAUUGAUGGGGGGCAGUCCUCCUGGUUUAAUGGGCGGUAGCCCCCCUGGGAUGCUUGGUAGCCCCCAUGGCCUGAUGGGAGGUAGCCCCCACGGACUGAUGGGAGGUAGCCCCCACGGACUGAUGGGAGGUAGCCCCCACGGCCUGAUGGGAGGUAGCCCCCACGGCCUGAUGGGAGGUAGCCCUCCGAAUCUGCUCCAGUCCAGCCAUGACGACCUGAACGGAUCGCUAGAUCACCUGGACACAAACGGUCACAGCAGUCCUGGAGGCUACUCUCCACAGGGACACAUGCCAGCGAUCCACGUCAAGGAGGAGCCACUGAACAUGGAUGAUGAUGAUUGUCCGAUGUCACUGGUUACGACAGCCAACCACAGCCCAGAGCUCGACGACGACCGGGAGCUGGAGGAGGGCAACCUAUCAGAGGACCUGGAGUGACUGCUGGAGUCCAUCCGACUACUACAGGCCCCUCCCUCCACCUCCGUCACACUGUCAUCCUACCUGUUUCAUCACAGGCUGUCCUAGAACCUGCUAGAACCAGAACCACUCCACACCCAGAACCAACAGAACCCAGCUGACUCUUCUCCCUCCGACGCACGGACUGGAGUAUUGAGCAUGCAUCCAGAAGACGAGACCCAAAGGAACUCUUUGUUGCAGGCCUUUGGGAUCCCGGACUGAACACGACAGGCAUGAGAUGUCAGGUUUUUAAAACGACAUUCAGACCUGUUUCAAUGAGAUGGCUUGGCCACCACACCCACACAGACAAACACAGAGGCUAAUGGACGGAAAACGACAAAAACACGAGCCUGAAAAAUCUGUUCUGUAGAAAGCUAACGGCCUCAUAUACUGCCAAAAAAAGAAGUUUUAAGUUUGUGAAUAUCAAAAACCCUCCCAGUAGUUGUUAAUGUUAGAAACAAUUGCUGGUUCAAUUCAAACAUUGUUGCUCUGUUCAUCAUUUGCACAGGAGUAGUAUCAGAAAUUAGUGUCACUGCCUGUAUGUUGCUAAAAUUAAAACAAAAACAAAAAAAACAGUAUUUUUUUUAUAUAUUUUUUUCGCGGUUCCUUUUUGUAUUAUGAUUUUUGGCACCACCAACUGUAAAUGCCAUUUCCCAUGACACACGAGUAACAGAAUCGCAGUACCAAGACUGUUGCAGCUGUCAAAAAAAGAAAGCUUCCAGUCUAAAUCUGUUUGUGAUGAAAAGUGAUAAAUGUGAUAUUAAAGUUUGAAAAAGCGUAACUGUUUGUGUAAGCACCAACCAAUACGGAAAAAAAUGCAUUUCUGCAUAUUUCUUCUGCUGUUCUCUUUUACCUCCUUGUUCUAAAGCUUUGUCUACCUGCAAACAGUCACAGGCAACAGCUAGAAACCAAAGCCAACACUAUCAAUGGCCAAUAGCUUAGACAGAAGCCACCAGACUCUUUGGUCAGCCUUCUGUGACUUUAACUAGUACAAAGAGAAGCUUUCCGCAAACUACCUUCUAAAUAACCUCUGGGAUUGUUUCAUUUAGCCCUGUACAAAGAUGAUUAAAGAUGGAAAAAAAUGGAUUUUGAUUUGCUAACCUGUAGAGCGUCCACUUGGCGUUUUGAGAGAGGAGUAUCUGCCAGGACUAGCGAGAGGGGAAAAUAUUUGCUGAAAUGUAAUUAAAGGCUUUGUGAUAGGGACUGGUAGAAAGCAGCGGAACUGUAAAAGUGGAUCAUGACCAAAACAAACAUUUGUGUAUUCAAUUGAAGUGCAGAAAAUUGUGUUGUUGUAAAGAUUGUUUUAGAUUUUUUUUAUUUAUUAUCUUUAUUUGCCUUAGCCAUCAUGUCAUCACUUUUUUUUCUUCUAAUCUAGUGAAUAAGUAAUGUUCAGUGGGGCUGUCAAACAUGUCAUGUCUUAUUUCUAUGCGGUUUGUUCAGAGCCGCGUUUAAACCGAAACUGAAAACAUAAUAACCAAACAUUUAAAAUAUCUAGUAAAGCCAAAUAAGUCAUAAUUUCAAGUUGAUAUGAAAUGAUGUGGCUUGGUUAUCAUGUAAAAGCAAAUAAUAUAGCCAUUGUAGAAGAGGGAUUUCAAAGGGUUAAAGAACCCUUUUCUAGGUGAUAUUUGCUUUAUUCUGUAGUUUAAAUACACAAUUCUCUAAUUCUUAACCAUAUAGAUACUGUCAGUGCAAGUUAAGGAGAAUCUUAAACUGCACUGUGUAUUCUGUAAAGGGUAGCCAACUUUUUAUAUUACAUUUAGGAUUGUAGUGUCAGAACAGAAGUCAGUGAUUGUCAAAAAUAUAUUUCAUUUCUCUCAGCUAAAUGUCAUCUAGAAAAGUGGAUGUUGUUGCUUUAAUGGUCAUUUCUGUUUUCAGUCAAACCAAAGUUACACAAGAUUCUGCCUCCUCUUGUUAUAGCAUAGACACUCUAGAAACGACAUACACCCUUUCUAAAGCUCACACACGCAAGCGCGCGCACACCGUUCUGGGUUUUGGGUCUGCUAGCUUUCCUGGUACUUGUUCCUGGUAACCUUAAGAUGCAGAAAAAUGAAUAGUGUCAAAUACCGCACUGAGUUGUAUUGUAUUUGAUCUACCAGUGUGAGUCUGCUUUGUGCAUAUGUAUGUUGUUUUUAAGUGUUGUGCCAACAGUUGGCUGCUAGAGCGUAGCGCACAAGACACAUAAUGCCCAUACAUACGCAACGAAACAUGAACAAACACACAUGUGACAUGCACACAUUCACAGACACACACACUUUCUCAUCCCAGUUCCUAAGUGUUUCCCUGAUGUUCUUUGCUGGAAUCAGCAAAACCACUUGAAGACAACGUUCAUAAUAAUUUUAUCACACCAAAUAUAAGGAUGCAGCGUCUUUCGAAAAAGGGUUCUCCCACUUACCUAAAAUAACUAAGGCUUUCUAGAAGGUUCUACCUCUGCACAACAAAUUCAGAACAAUUAAAUAGCAGAUUGCACGUCAAGUUAUUAGAAUGCCACAAGAGCUGUUACACUUUACUCCACUUGUCUCAAAGGACAUGACUCAACGGACAGUUUACAUUCCCUACAUCAGAUAUGGAAGAAGAUUAGCAUUGUAAUAGGUUGUCCUCAAACAUUUGUAGAAUGAUAAUGUAAAAAUACCUGUAAGGGAAUAUUGUGUUUUAAAAUGCAUGUCUAAAAUCAUUUGGUGGACUGGAAUACAAUAAUUAAAUAAAAAUAAUAUAAGAAAUACAAAUCAUCAGGAUGAUGGCCUAAAUGUAAGUACAAUGCAUAAGAAUGCAUACCUCAGCUAUAUUGUUUUUGGGAAGGAUUAAAACUGUCAGCCUCAGAAUGCAUAUUACCUGUAGAUUUUUGCAUGGGUUUUGUAAAAAUGAAAAAAAAAAAAUGUCUAAAAUAGUUGCUUGCACAUAAUACCAGAAAGACCUCCAGAACUGCAAUCUGCUCCUCCACUAGAUUUUAGGAUUGUCUGGAUUUUCUGGGAUGAUUUUGUCUGUAUUUUGAUAACUGUGCAUACUAUGUAAAAACGUUGGUGGACCCAUAAAAUUUACCAGACUUUUUUCUAAGCUGAAAAAAAAAAUCUGUUUCUUUUCUGAAUUUCAUGAACUUUUUACUGUUCUCUCAUUGCUCGCUAAGAAUAGCAAACCUGCUUUUUCUGCAUCUGCUUUGCGUAGCUGUAAGGCUUAACCUAAUGUGUGUAUUUAUUGCUUGUAGCUCUGUGCAUACUUUAUGAAGCAUUAUGUCCGGCAGUUCAGUCAUGUAUCUCCCAUUCUCUAAUAAUCGGGAAUAUGACCCCCCCCCUACCCCACCCCCACCCCACCCCCCAUGUAUACAGUGAAUUGGGACUGUAGCAAACACAUGUUUAUGUAAUUGGUGAAUAAAUUUUUUUAUUCAUUUCUUUAUGAUCGAGGUAAACUAAUUUUUGAUACUUUCAUUACCGUGUACUGUGUCCAUACGUUAAGAUUCUCUGACAUUAGAAAGUCAUGGUUGAGAAUUGUAACAGCGGUUAUUAUUUUCUGUAUUCAUGGCUUUUCACUGCUGAAUAAAAUAAAGGACCAAAACAA